AUGGUCAAAUAUCUUCUAGUAUUCUGCUCUCUGUUGUUCUUCAUCUUGAUACAUUGGGUGUUACCUGCUGUUUCAGGCCGUCGACAGUGGUGGCCACCACGUGGAACUGUUAAGGUGAAAUGUCCGUAUAAGAAAGUAGACUUGAGUUGGUUCACUGGAACCGUGAACCCCUGCCCCGGUUUAUAUCAACCCAUCUGUGGCACUAAUUUUGUAACCUAUGAAAACCCCUGCAUCUUGUGUAUUGAGAGCCUGAAAUCUCGGGGAAAAAUUAGGUUUCAAAAUGAUGGAAAAUGUUAG